CCGACUUUGAGCCUUGAAGUUUGAGAAGAAAUUGGUAGCUUUUUGAAACCUUUUCUAAAAUCCUUUACCGUUAUAAGUACUUCAGUACAAAAUGGCUGUCUGCGUUUAUCGGAAGUAAAUUCGCUAUCUUCCCAGACGUCGGAAGCGGAAUAGACGUUAGUGAUAAUUAAUUUCGGUUCGUGAGCAAAUAGUAAUAAACAAAUUCCAAGUUCACAUGAAUUAUCAACACGAUACCAGCUGUACAUACAUGAUGCCAGUUUGAAAUAUCAGCUGUAGACAGAUAAUAUGGAAACACAAACUGCUCGCAGCAGUUGUGUGAAAUCAGAACGAGAAGAUCGUUCGACAGCCAAAACGAAUGGUGCUGGUGACUCGGAUGAAGUGAGUCCUAGCGCUACCGACGAUGGAUCCAACACUCCUUGGUCAAUAUUCCAGUGUGUUUUCUGUAAUAAAUCCGUCACACGAUUCGAAGAAGUGAAAUUACUCGAGUGUCUUCAUUCCGCUUGUAUCGACUGUAUUAAUACGCCAUCUAAUUCGAUAAGUAAUGAAACAAAGAGCGGCGUUUAUUGCAAAAUUUGCAAAAUAAUUUCAAGUUCCUUGCUCGAUAAUCAUUUUUUGGCUUGUUCGGUCCCGAAUACCGAAAACGUACAAGGGAAUAACGAUGCUUCGAGAUUAGCUAACGUAAAAUGCACAAAUUGUCACGAUUCGUUGGAUGCAACUAGUUGGUGUGUCGAGUGUAAUGAUUUCCUAUGCGAUGUUUGUGUCCAGGCACAUCAAAGAUUGAAAAUUACCAAAGAACAUACCAUCAAGCCAAAGGAAGAAGCUGACUCUGAUAACAAUUCGCAUAAUAUGAUUGAUACUAAACUGAAAACUAUAGCUUGUUCUACUCAUCCUCAGGAAAAAUUAACAUUGUUUUGUGAAACUUGCGACAAAUUAACGUGUAGAGAUUGUCAACUAACGGAACACAGACAACAUAACUAUAAGUUUAUAGAUGAAAUAGCCACUCAAACCAGAAAAAAUAUCGAUACAUUGCUCGCAGAAGUAAAUUACAAAAGACAAUUACUUAAAAGCGCUAUGAAAGUAAUCGAUGACAGACAACAGAUGAUCGUAGACAAGAAGAAAGCACUAAAUAAUGAAAUCAUGCAAGCAUUCAUGAAACUGACAGAAGCGAUCACUACCAGAGGUAAAUAUUUAGUCGAGAAGUUAAAUGAAAUCUGUGACACGAAGCAGAGAACCCUGAACGAGAAAAAAGUUGCUUUAGAACAACUAUCGUUGCUUACCGAUCAUUGUACUGACUUUAUUAGUAGUGCGCUCGAAAGAGGAUCUGAUAUGGCCGUCUUGAAGACUAAAACAGCAAUGUUGAAUCAUCUUCAAAACGUUAAAAGUAAACGAGCUGAUAUACCCAACCCUGAAAUUCCGGUUCGAAUUCAAAUCGCGUUAGAUAAAUCGAAUGAAAUUCGCCACGCAAUUUCUCGAUUGGGAAUAAUCAUCGUGGACGGUCGUCAGUACGCUCCUCCUGUCGGUCCAUUGGUGCAACAGCAAAUGCACCAACAGCAGCAGCAGCUCUCUCAAGCGACUGCUUCUCAGCACAGUCAUCAGCAGCAGCAGCAACAACAACACAUGCAACAGCUUGGGGCACAACAACAGCAACAACAACAUUUUCAUCAACAGCAGAACGUUGCUCAAAUGAAUCAUGCGAUGAAUAGUCAAAUGUUCGUUCCACCUCCGGCUUAUGGUACAAAUCAAGUUAAUCAAGUUAUGAAUAAUACUUAUAGCAGACCUUCGGGCCAAGGCAGUGUACAAAAUUUGCGCCAACAAAUUUCACACAUCCGGGUACCUUCGAGUAAUGUUCUAUAUUCGGUUUCAACUAAUCAACAACCUGGAAGAAAUGUGGGUCUUACCGCGUAUCAGCAGCAAGUCACGUCAUCUACACAUCCUCAAAAUUCACUCUAUAAUACUGUAGCCAAUUAUGACCAAAGCCUUCGAAAAUUACUCAUGACUGCUGAUAAAUCAAAUCCUUCGCUAAUUGUGUAUCAAAACGCGGAUACGAAUUCGAAUGCUCGCGUUCAGUCAGCAUCGCCUCAAGCUGGAAUGUCCAGAACUUUGCAGUAUUCUCCGGCGUUGAAUAAAAUGUAUCAACAGACGUAUCAAACUCAGUCUUCCAUUAUGCAACCUCAAGUCACCGUACAACCAGGUCGAUCAAAUAUGGUCAGUCCACAAGCACGUCAAAUACUAUCGAGAGAAAAUUCGCUGAGUCCUUCGCCUCAACAACAUCUGCAAUGGCAUACGCCUCAGAUAAAUACCAACGCUCAUAAACAAUCAGCCCCAUCGACCAGUAUGCAACCUCAAGUUCUGCACGACGAUUCGUUUAAAAUCACUCUUCCGCCGACCAGAUCUAAACCUUCGGAUACGCCUCCUGCAGCAGGAGUAGCUGUAACGUCUUCUGUUUCAAAAACUCCUAGUCCUCAAUUGAAUCAGGGUAAAGCUUCACCCGAAGAAACAGCGAAGAAUUUAGAUAAAGUUGGCCAAGACUCUGUGAACGAUUUAAUGGCCACGAUCGCCCGACUAGACAGCAAUGGCAUCAAAGUAAUACCGGAAACGAAUCGCAAACCAGGUGAUUCACCUUUAGUAGAUAGUUCAACGGGACCACCAAUUGAUCAAUUAUUACAUGGAAAUUCGAACGACUCUACUUCUAUAAACACAGCUGAACCAGAGACUCAAAAAGGAUGCGAUGACCCGAACGAAGACUGGUGCGCUGUUUGUAUGGAUGGCGGUGAAUUAGUCUGUUGCGAUAACUGUCCGAAAGUUUUCCAUAUUAAUUGUCAUAUACCUCCAUUGCCUGUUUUACCUGGAGAAACAGAUUCGUGGCAAUGUAUGUUAUGCACAAAUAUCAUGGAUUGCGUGAACGCUGUGCGUAACGCUACCGAUGAUCAGGCCGUCGAAGGACAGAUGUCUCCUAAGGAGCGUAUUAUCAUGGAACGAUUACUGUUAGAAUUGUAUUGCCAAUACGAUCCCUCGCUUCCUUUCAGAGAAGUCGUUAGUCCGGAGAUGACCGAUUAUUAUCAGAAAAUCAGAAAACCAAUGAGUUUGGAUAUUAUCAGACGAAGGUUACUGAAGAGUUGCCAAAAUCCGUAUACGAGUUUACACGAAGUUGUCAAAGACAUAAGACUUAUAUUUAAAAAUGCAUACCGUUUCAACGAAGAAGGAAGUCAGGUAUACAACGACGCGAAGAAUCUGGAAGAAUUUUUCGAUCAAAUGAUGGGAAAAUGGUUACCAAUGUACGCGUUUGAUAAUGGAGCGCAAGACGACACCGGCGACGAAUCUUUCAGCGGCCCACCGCCGGCGAAAAAGAGUAAAAAGCUGACCAACGAAUGACAAAUAUUGAAGUCGCCGUUAUCGAACAACGGCGAUAAUUCGCCCGAGCCGGAGGAAGUGACUCAAGUUUCCGAACCGAUACCGGAUGCGGAAACAUCGACGUCAGAUAAUCACAAUCAGAGUGCGAUAACGGAGACCGAGGUUGAUACGAAUACUGAAACGGAAAAAUCCACCGAAGCUGACACCGAAACCGAAGCUGCCGCCGUCGUAGCCCCCGACGUUGUCGAAAAUGACGAGACUCAGAACGAUAUCAUGGACGUGGAUGCUCCAUUAACGGUU